AUGGCCACCCAGAUGUUCGAGGGGAGAGGGCAUGCAGCCAUCUACCAGAAAUACAGGUUUGCACCGGGCAAAGAGCUGCAGGAAACCAUCCUCUCCUACCUGCAGGAAAAGAGGGCAAACCCUGCUGAGCUGGUUGUGGAUGUCGGCUGCGGGUCUGGACAAGGCACCCGCUUCCUUGCGGCACACUUCAAGAAGGUGGUGGGAACGGACAUCAGCGAAGCGCAGAUCCAGGAGGCCAGGGAUGCCCCUUCCCUACCUAAUGUCUCCUACCUUGUGUGCCCUGCAGAGGAGCUGCCAUUCAAGGAUGCCUCAGUGGACAUCCUGACUUCCUUUACGGCUGUGCACUGGUUUGAUAUUGAGAAGUUCAUGAGAGAAGCAAACCGGGUGGUUAAGCCGGGUGGUUGCGUGGUCAUCAGCACCUACACCGUGGACAUGAGUCUGCGUUACGGAAACUGCUCUGAAAAGCUGACCAAAGCCUUCAGGGAGUCCUGGGACCUGCUUUUAAAAUACUCACAUAAUAGAAUAAAACUCGUCUUGGAAGACUACAAAGAGAUUUUUGAGGCCUUGCCAUUUCCAGACAAGAAGAGAAUCACUGAUAUCUUUGACAAAAUUCCCAUGACUGUUGCUGGUGUGGUUGGUUACCUGGAGUCUGUCUCUCCAUAUCAAGCCUUUAUGAAGAAUGACCCCAAAGCUGCAAAAUCCCUCCUCCAAGAGACUGAAAAGAGGAUGCUGGAGAUGAUGGGAGUUUCUUCUCGUGAAACCCCGGUGGAGUUCUGGGUGAGGCACGUCUGUGUGCUGGGGUGCAAGGGACAGUGA